UCUUGGGGAGCGGCGGAGUGCAGCUGCUGGUAUUGAUCUCUCCGCUUGACACUCUUGUUGGUUGAGAUCAGUCUCUCUCUCUCCCACUAUGGCGGGAGCGAUCAUUGAAAACCUCAGUGGCCGCAAAUUAGGAGUGUUGAUUGUCUUCCUGAUGAUCUGCCAGGUGGUGUGCUUCCUGGUGGGCGCAUUGAUCGCCCCAGCUCCAUCAUCAGUCAUGUCUGUCUUGGGGACAAAGUGCAUUGACAAGAACUACAGGAAGGACAAGUGGUACUGGACCCGUGGCACAGGAAGUUGCAAGAGCAUUAAUGAUUUUCGUGGCCCAGAUAGUGAAGCGGAUGGCAUAACUGCCAACAACAUGAUCUUUACAUUCCAGGCACCAUCUCCCAAAGACAAGCGCCUCCUUGAUUAUUCCCGCUGGCAACAGAACCUGAUAGCAAUGAUGCACCUGGACAUCUUGUAUGAUGAGGAGGCUCAGUUUGAUCCUCGAGCUAUGAUGACCAUUGAGGCUCGUCUGGGAUAUCGUAAUAAGAGGGACCCAGAAGAUAAAUGGACAGAAUAUGCAUCGUCUACAGAAGAAAGGCGUCUUGAUUGUUCCAUAGACCCAAUGCACAAAAAGGCUGAAUACAUGUAUAACUGUUCUUCUGUGCCACUCUUUGAACUUGGGUCUUUGCACCACGAUUAUUAUCUUUUAAAUAUUCGGUUGCCGAUAAACACACUAGAGGAACGACGAGAAAGCAAUAUUAAUGAAGAUCUUGGACUUUUAGUGGAUAUGUGGGUGGCAUUCAUCCAUCAGAAUGGAGGGUUCACCAAAGUGUGGGUGUCUCUCAAGACUAUAUUCUUCCCAACCAUCGUGGCCAUCAUGAUCUGGUUUUGGCAUCGCAUCUCUCUGCUCUCCCGACCUCCAGCACUUCUAGAGUACAUGCUUAUGAUGCUGGGUGCUGCCCUCACCUUGCUUAAUUGCCCACUAGAGUAUGUGACACUUGCAUUUGACUGUCCGUGGAUGACUGUCGUGAGUGACAUUCGACAGGGGAUCUUCUAUGCGUCACUGCUCUCCUUCUGGUUGAUCUUUACUGGAGAACAUCUUCUGAUUGCGGAUGACAUCGAGCGAAAUAGAAUUCGUGUUUACUGGCGUCAUCUCAGUGCAGUGUUUGGGGGGUGCCUGUGCCUCUUCAUCUUUGACAUGUGCGAGCGAGGAGUACAACUCCGCAACCCAUUCUACUCCAUAUGGGUGACUGAAGUGGGCACCAAUCUGGCUCUGGCAUUCAUCAUUCUUGCUGGCAUUUGUGCUGGUCUUUACUUCUGUUUCCUCUCGUACAUGAUAUGGAAGGUGUUUAUAAAUAUUAGUAGCAAACGUCAGUCACUCUCGGCCAUGGCAUCUGCCCGGCGCCUACACUAUGAGGGCAUCAUCUACCGCUUCAAGGUGCUUAUGUUGGCUACUCUACUAUGUGCUGCCAUGACUGUUAUUGGCUUCAUCUUAGGACAGGUCUCGGAGGGCCAAUGGAGCUGGGAUGAGAACAUAAAACUGGAGUACACGAGUGCGUUUUUCACAGGAGUGUACGGCAUGUGGAACAUCUACACCUUCGCCCUUGUCUGCCUUUAUGCCCCAUCACACAAGCGAUGGCCUAAGGAUCAAAACUGGGCAGUAUCAGACAACUGUGGUCUAGCAUCAAUACACGGAGCACUCUUGGCACGAGAUACACAGAGCAGCACCGGGGAAGAGAUAGAGUUCAGCAGACUGGCAACAGACCCAUCAGAGAUGUCAUCAAUAAUGGCCUUUGUCAAAAAAGCUGCCACAGAGUGAUCAUUUCCUGUGGACAAUAAUUAGAAAGAUAUCAUUAUGGGUAUUAAUUGCGGUGUUCUGCUUUUGUAUUUAAAUUUCUAAGGUAUAAAUAUGUAUUAGAAAAUAUUUAUAUAUUUUUUUUAAUGUUUCAAAUAGAUGUUUUGCUUUGCAAUUUAUGGUAAAUUUACAGUAAAUUUUCUGAAAUUAAUAUAUACUGUAUAUACUAUUUUCUGUGGAGAGCCCCUUCAGUUCCCCGAAGCUGUACCGAGCUGAUGGGUAUAUAUUAGACCGUGGCAACUGUCAAUCAAUAGAGUUCUAGGCCUACCAGGGACCAUGAGCCAGAAUCUGACCUCUGCUCAGAGAGGCACGAGGAGCAAUGGCCUAUAGACAUGCCUAUGUAGUUCACAGCAUCAUGUCUGCCAUCUACCAGGUCAGGCACCCAGAAAGGUAGGAAGCCCAAAACAAACUACAGCUGGUUAAGAAUUGCAAACCAAAAGCCAAAUGAGCAGGCAGAACUCCUCAAUCAGAAAAAAGUAAACAAGCCAUUGCUCCUCGUGCCUCUCUGAGGGGGCCAGGUUUAGGCUCAUGGUCCCUGGUAGGCCUAGAGCUUCAUUGAUUGACUUACCAUGGUCUAAUAUAUACACAUCAGCCCGGUAUGGCUCCAGGGAACCUCUGGGUCUUGCCCAGAAAAGGUGUUUCAUUGCAUUCAACGUUGGUUUUUUGUAUAUUCACUGUAGUAUGCACUCACAAUUUUCAUUAUGAGUUGUUACACAGCUUCUGAGUUGAUGCCUGCAGGUGUUACCACACUGUAAUCAUAAUAAGAAUGUUUUGUAAUUGUCACUUUUUUGUUAAGGAUAUUGCUCUCUUGCAGAUAUAUUAUGUGAUGUAUUAACAAUAUUAUCUAUGAUAUUUUAACUAAUGCAUAUAUAUGUGAUAUUGCAUUAAACGUCCUCAGUUUAAUGUGAAAAUUUUGCAAGAAAACUUAAAAUUAUACAAUGUAAUUGUGUAAAUAAUUGGAAAGUUCAACUGAAGAUUAAAUAUUUGGAAGCUCUUUAACUAUAGCUUCUGUUUUUAGUGAAUAGUGUAAACAUUGUGUAAUAUUAUUAUUAUAUUGUCAUCCACACUUCCAUGGAAAUGAACAUUUCAUUCACCUGGGCUCUAGGAGACUUGAACCAAAUAAGCAGAGGAUCGAGCCUCUGCCUCACAUGCGUUGGGUCCGUGGUUCGAGUCUCCUAGAGCCAGGUGAAUGAAAUUAUUAUUAUCAUCAUUAUCACCCAUGUUGGAUUGUGUGAGGCAGAACUCGAAAGGUAUCCACAUUUAACACCCAGAGUUGAAUAAUGCCAGUAUCAUGAGGGUUGGUAUACAAUUUGAUAUUUUGCCAAUUACACUAUCGUAGUGUCAUGUAUUGAUUCAGUAUUUAAACUUUGACAAUUUAAAGCAUACAUUGAGCAUUUAUUGGUUUAAAUGUAUAGAUUAACUUAAGAGUUUUUCCUAAACACAUUCCAUGAUCCUCCUGCCAUUAAGGUAAAUAAUGAUGUCCGGCAUAAUAGGGUCUUGUGCCUCUCGUAUUUUGUACGAAGUGUAGUUUUGUAAUUUGAAUUUCUAUUCAUAGUUUUAGGGCUUCAUUGCAUGAUCUGAGCUAUUUUAAGCUUGUUGUCAUUUAAUGUGUGUAGCCUAAAGAAACUGAAUGCACAAACAGGAAGUGUAUAUUAGGAAUAAUAUAUAAUGCCUCAAAAUAGGUAUUAAAAUAAAUAGUUUAGUGCCAUAUAUGUAUCUUGACUAGUAGAAAUGAUAAGAAAUUUUGAUCUGAUUUAAUAUUAUGGGAGAGGUUUUAUUUUGAAGUGGCAUCUGCUGUACACCAUUGAUGGAUGGCAUUCUAGUAAGUUUUUCCUUAAAGUUUGUAGCAAGCAAGUUGAAGACUUAACCCAUCAAGAGCAGUUAUUGUCAUGUUGAUUCAUGGGGUAAUGCAUUUACCGUAUUGUCAUACAUUGAUAUAAACUAUUAAAGUCUGGGGUUUUACACAUAUGAUGCAAAUAAGGAUAUAAUAGAUCUACUGUAUGCGGGGGUGUAAUGGAGUUUACCUUGACCCUUGGAGAAAAUCCUGCAAUCAUUUUAUUGUUUGGUUACUAUGUGAAUGCUGUUAUCGUCACAAAUGUUAUUAUGCGGAUGCAGUAAUAGUCUUUGAAUAAAAUUCCAUCAUAAUUGCACUAUAUGUAUACCACCGUUGUUCAUAUGGUUUUCGUAACUCCAUAUGGUUAUAAUGAAGUAUACCAGGUACACCAAUCAUCAAUUGAACUAUUAUAAUGCAUUACGUGUACUAUGAGUCUGCUGCUAUCUGUGGGUGGCACAUUGGUGUCUUACGCAUUUAUGUCAAUCCAUAUUGUCACCCCAUGUGGUGCCAAUUAGGCCCCGUCAUCACCCAGAGCCCAACAUUCAUGUAUAUUAUGUUUAUAUGGUUUUCACAACUCCAUAUGGUUGUAAUGUUUAUCACCCCAAAAAAUGUAAUAUCACCCCAAAACAAGAUUAGAGGUUAACUUAGCUCUCAGCUUGAGCCUGGGAUGGAAUUUGACCAGUUUGAGGUCCUGGUUGCUAUCAAAUGAGGGUAAAUAAUAAGUGGUCUUCCUGUGAUCAUGGCAGAAGAGCUCACAGGCUCAUAACAUGUUUUGAAAUUUGUGACAUGUAGUUUAAUGUGUUUGGUUAAUUAGAAAUAAUACAAAAUCCUCCUCGUAGUGCAAAACAAAAUGGAAAAGUACACUAAUACAGUUAUAAAUUAUAAUAUGAUGAAACUUUGAGGUAUUAAUCAAGAUUAAUCAAGUAAUGUACUAAAUAAUAAGGGUCUUAUUUUGAAGCUGAUGGCUCAUUGGGUGCCGUCUGUGACUGCUUCCUUCCACUUGGGAAAUUUAUGCACAAAACUUGUAUGUUCUGGAUACCACUUAAAAAUAUAGAUUUGAGAUUUUAACAACCUUUUUUGCGUGUUUAUUUAAAUAUUGCAUAGAUAAAAGCAAAUGCAUUAUGAAAGUUCUUAAGAUAUGAAACCAAAAGGAGUAUUGGUAAUGAUGCAUGAUUUUAAUCGAGAUUAUCAAUUAUGUUAGAAAUUCUAGUAUCUUAUACUGUAUAUACAAAGGCUAUUUUAUGGGCUGAAAAUGUGUUUCAACUAAUGGUGUUACAAUAUUUACGUUUUAGUAAAAGUAGUUUUACAGGUGUUGACAAUAAUAUACAAGAGACUGCAUCAUCAUAAGGUUGCACCACAUUGAACAUAGUGAUGGCUUUUAUCUCCUCGUAAAUCUCACACCAGAUGUCCAUGCUUGGUUACAGGUAUCAAAGAUAAAUUCCAGUCUCAGAGUUAAGUGACUGAUCAAAUAAUGAGAGGUCAUGUCUGCAGGGUUAAUUCUUACCAGGAUAUGUCUGCAGUGACAUAUUGUUUCUGAGGUGCAGACUUUAAAAACACAUAAAGAGAGUUUGCUAAUUUGUUAAAGCAUAAUGUAAACGGUAUAAAUUGUAACUAUGCAUGAUAUACCAUUUAAUCAGACCAUGCAUGCAUAAAUUUAAAGUUUAUUUUCAAAAGAGACUCGGAGUGUGUUUCAAUAAGAGUUGCAGUAGUGUUUCAAAGCCAUGCUUGUAAUCUGUACUCUGCCAAUACUAUAUAUAAAGUUGAAAUUGUUUAUCAUGGUCAUUUCUUUAUUUUGGGAUAUUAUUCCUGCUUACUUAACCAAGAUCAUUAACAUUGAAACAAUACAUUUCAGUGGUAUUUGAAUAGACUUGAGAAAUGUACAGUAUAAGGAUGGGAGUAGAAGUCUAGGUUGAUGCUAGUUUGCUUCAUCUUCAUCACAGUAUAUUACUCCUGGACUUGUUAAGCUGUUUUUGUGUAGUAAUAUUUAAAUAUGUUAGAAUUAUUAAUGAUUCAUGGCAUAACAGUAAAUACAAUGAACCUUGGUACUCACUCUUAAUGGGUUCCUGAAGGCAAGUAGUGCUGAUCUGUUCGAGUACUGAACAACUUUUUCUUAUAAGGAAUAAUGUAAAUUGAAGACCACAAAAAUAAAUAUAUUAAUGCAGUAAAUUAAUGAAACAAAUGCAAAUACAGUAUACAUUUUACCUGCACUUAAGAAUUAAUGACAUGUGGAAGGUGGUGAGACAGAGAUGUUAUUCUUUGGCAGGGAAGUCCCCUAACAUUAUCACAGCUUUGUCAAGGUGAUAUUUUUUAAGGAACUGCAAUUUUCCCCCAUUUUGCACACAUUUCUUUUAUUAAAGAAUUUUAUUUAGGCAUACCAAAUUCGGUGGCAAGAGCAGAUACAUAGGCACCAUUUUCAUAAUUAUCUAGGAGUUCUUUUUUCAUCUCGAUCGUGGCUUUAAUUUUUCCUUUUGCUUGGCUGUUAUCACUAACUUUCACCGACUCUUUUAGGUGCCACAUGAUAUAAAAAAUAUCAGAGAAAGUAGAGAAGUCUAGUGGUGUCCCGACACAUCAGGGACAAGUGUUUGUGUGAGGGCUGAGCAAAUGAACACAGCAUUCAAGUGCUGAAAUGUUUUGAGUUGGGAGCUGUUCGAGUACCAAGGUUCCACUGUAUAAUCAUUUAUAAUUCAUUACAAGUAGUUCCUAAUUGUAGUUAUUAGAUUUCAUUAAAAUUAAUUACGGUAUAUGAAAUAGUACUAAUUUUGUGAAAGUUUAUGUAAUUUUUUAUUAAAUUGCUGAAAAAAUAAUUAUUUUUGGUAUUUAAAUGUUUUCUGUAGUAGAAAUCUGAAGUUUUUAAAUAAAUUUUUGUUUGUAAACUUU